UGAAAGGGUUUAACUUUACUGGUGAGCCCCCUUGGCUGCUCUGCACGUGAUAAAAGCUACACAGCAUUUCAUCACUUUCAUAUCCAAUUCUUUGUGGCCUAUCUAAAGGUUUUCCUGUGACCAUGAACACUCUCACCUCUGCUGAGUUUGACUUCUCUUUCCUGGAGGAGGGCUUCUCUGCCCGGGACAUAGUUGAGCAGAAGAUCGAGUCAUCCAUGACGGAUGACAGGGAUGCCUUCUAUGUAUGUGACUUGGGGGAUGUGCUAAAGCAUUUGCGAUGGAUGAGGACCAUGCCUCGUGUCACUCCCUUCUAUGCCGUCAAAUGCAAUGACAGCCGGGCUGUGGUUAUGACCUUGGCUUCCCUAGGGGCUGGCUUUGACUGUGCAAGCAAGAUGGAGAUCCAGCUGGUUCAAUCUCUAGGAGUAGAUCCAAGCAGAAUCAUAUAUGCAAAUCCUUGCAAGGAAGUAUCUCAGAUCAAAUAUGCUUCCACCCACGUUGUCCGAAUAAUGACCUUUGAUAGCGAAGUGGAACUCAUGAACGUUGCCCGCUGUCAUGACAAUGCCAAGUUGGUGCUCCAAAUUGCCACAGAUGAUUCAAAGGCGAUGUACUGUCUGAGUGUGAAGUUUGGGGCCCCCCUCAAGGCAUGCCGGGGUCUGCUCGAGCAAGCCAAGGAACUGGGGCUAGAUGUGAUUGGAGUCAUUUUCCAUGUAGGCAAUGGCAGCACUGACCCUGAAACCUUCACGCAGGCCAUCUCCGAUGCCCGCUGUGUCUUUGAUAUAGGGGAUGAACUGGGCUUUAACAUGAACUUGUUGGACAUUGGCAGUGGAUACCCUGGUUCAGAUGAUGUCAAACUUAAAUUUGAGGAGAUUGCAGUAGUAAUCAACAUGGCACUGGACAAGUACUUUUCAGCUGACUGCGGUGUGAGGAUCAUUGCUGAGCUAGGCCGCUACUAUGUGGCCUCUGCUUACACACUGGUGGUCAACAUGAUUACCAAGAAGGUCAUCCUGAAUGAGCAGUCAGAACCUGAUGAGGAAGACGGUGGGACCAAUGACAGGACCCUGAUGUACUAUGUCAAUGAUGGAGUUUACGGGUCCUUCAACUGUAUUCUCUAUGACCACGCUCACGGUCUUCCAACUUUACACAAGAAGCCAAAGCCAGAUGAAGUAAUGUACCCCUGCAGUAGCUGGGGCCUAACAUGUGACGGCCGCGACCGCAUUGCUGAGCAGUGUAGCUUGCCUGAUCUGCAGGUGGGAGACUGGCUGGUGUUUGAGAAUAUGGCCGCUUACACUGUGGCUGCUUCCUCUACCUUUAGUGGCUUCCAAAGGCCAGAUAUUUACUAUGUCAUGUCCCGCCCCGCCUGGCACCACGUCCAGCAAAUCUGUGCACAGGGCAUGCCUGUCCAUGUGGACGAGUCUUGCCUGGCUGGUAUCCCAGCUUGCUGUGUCCGAGAAAGUGGCUUGGAGAUCCCUGCUAAGCCUUGCCAGACCCGUGUGGUUUAA